AUGAGUGCAAAUGGUAUAUCGGGCAAGGUCUUUGCGGUCAGCGGAGCCGCUUCAGGCAUUGGCCGUGCAACAGCGGUGAGACUGGCAGAGCUUGGAGCAAGUGGCCUCGCCCUCAGCGAUGUUGAUGCUGCAGGCCUGGACGAGUGCAGACAAAUUUGCUCUAGAGGAACGUGUGAAAUAUUAACACACUGCACGGAUGUCAGCAAUGUCGAACAAGUUAAUGGCUGGAUCGAUGACGCGACCAAACAUUUCGGCCAUGUCGACGGGGCAGCAAACAUUGCAGGUAUUGCUCUUGGAGAUGGGCAGCCAACGGAAAACACGAUUCAAACCGAAUGGGAUAAAAUGAUAGCUGUAAACCUCACUGGUGUCAUGAACGCGAUGCGCGCCGAGCUACGGGCCAUACGUAGGCCCGGUGGUGCCAUCGUCAAUAUAUCUAGCACAUCAGGUUUGCGGGGCCUUCCUAACAACGGUGCAUACGCCUCGAGCAAAUUUGGUGUUAUUGGCUUGACAGAAUCCGCGGCAGCUGAGUACGGUAAGAAGGGGGUAAGAAUUAAUGCUGUGUUACCUGGGCCUAUCGACACCAAAAUAUUUCGCGAAGGUGAAGCGAAAGGCAUCUUCAGUUCUGAUGUCGUCGCCGCUGGUACCUUAAUGGGUAGAAUGGGCCAGGCGGAGGAAGUGGCCAAGGUGGUAGUUUUCCUUCUUAGUGCCGAUGCUUCAUUUGUCACGGGGGCUCGCUGGACUGUUGACGGCGGAUAUUCCGCAUGUGGAUUCUACAAGGCUGGCUAG